CACAGGCGCAUAAUAACCCAAAACCAGGUGCAUCCGUGCACAAAAAGCCACUGCGCGUUUAUGUGACUCCCUCCAGCCGCACACACCUCUCCGUCCACUGACCGUUCCUCUCGUCGUUUCACUUCAUUUUUUUCUUCUUCUUAGCCUUUAUAACUCUUGCGGGACUCUUUGUCUUUCGGAAGGGGGUGGGGGGUGGGGCGGAGUGCAGCCGGAGUCGUCCUCGUGCGGUUGGAUGCUGGAAGCUGUGUCCGCGGGUGACGGAGGCGGACGCGGCGCUCCGUCUGCUCUUGUGCAGCAACCGGGAGCCGAGUCGCUCUCCAAGGUGCCGAAAGUCGGAGCUUAUACCUCCCCGACGAUGAACCGGACCUCCGCCGAGAGCCACGCAUCGAACGAUGACUGGUUUCCACCUCGUUUGGUUUAAUUUUUCCUACUCCAACUUCCACCCCUUUGGAUCUGGGAUGUUUCGCGCAACCGCUGGAUGUGUGCAACAAGAACACGGCCGCUGCAGCUCUCUAACGUUCACCUGCGUCGGUGGGAAAUACUGAAUUGACUCCGGAUUCUCAGGGAACGCUAACGGAGGGUUUCUGUUUUUUUCGGGCUGUUUUUCCUCGGUCUGUCUCUCGCUCCGUGCCGCAUGCCGCUGGACGCGUACAGUUUGUCUCAAACAGGGCUGUCUGGCUUCACACUGGAUAUCAAGCUAUUUGAACGCGCCCAUUUCCUCAAGUGAUGAUGAUGAUGAUGAUGAUAAGAAUAAUGAAGCAUAGGACGGAUCUGGAGAGGAUACCAGGAGCCUAGGGAUGACAUCAACACAAUUUUGUUGAGCGUGGAUGUGGAUGUCAAUGUCGCGGCGAAGGAUGGGCCCUCUCCUCUGGGCCGCCUUCAUCCUCCUGCUGGCCCCGGGCAACGCAUCUCCGGCCUCGGUCGGUAACCCCGAGGAUUACACGGCGGACGAGGCGGAGCGGACCGCCAGCGACAACAUCGUCUUCGACGACUACCGGGGGAAAGGAUGCGUGGAUGACAGUGGCUUCGUCUACAAACUCGGGGAGCGCUUCUACCCGGGACACUCGAACUGUCCGUGCGUGUGCACGGAGGACGGGCCGGUGUGCGACCAGCCCGAGUGCCCCAAGCUGCACCCCAAGUGCACCAAAGUGGAGCACAACGGCUGCUGCCCCGAGUGCAAGGAAGUGAAAAACUUUUGCGAGUACCGGGGAAAGACGUACAAAAUACUGCAAGAAUUUAAGGUGUUUCACCUCCAGGGUUCCCCAUCAGAUGAGGAAGGGACCAGUCCGCCCAGCAUGGCUGCCGGCGUCCCAUUGUCCCCAGCGCAGCUGCAAUCAAGAACCAGGAGCUAUAGGCCGUCACCUUGUGAAUGGUGCCGCUGCGACCCAAAUACCGAGGUGCACUGCGUGGUGUCGGACUGCGCCGUCCCAGAGUGCGUCACCCCCGUCUACGAGCCGGAGCAAUGCUGCCCCAUCGUUAAAACGGGUCCAAAUUGCUUCGCUGGAACGACGAUCAUCCCGGCCGGAAUCGAAGUGAAGGUGGACGACUGCACCAUCUGCCGCUGCCACAACGGAGACUGGUGGAAGCCGGCGCAGUGCUUGCGGCGGGAGUGCCUCAACGGCCAGACGUUGUCAUAGAAGAGACUCCGGGAGGGAUUGGCGGAGAAGCUCAGGCACGGCCCUGCCUACUGCACCGUUUUGUAUGAUUGACAGGGCAGGAGCACAAACACCUGAGGAACCCGGGGAGAUGCUCUCACAAGCUCGACAUCGAUGUAGCCACUGGGAAGAAGGCGCAGCUUUUCACGAGGCCGUUUCCACCCCGCAGUUUUAAUCGGCCUAUGUAUUUUUCAAAAGUGGACUUGCUGCUCUCACAGACACACACACACACAAAAAAAAAGUUUCUAUGCUCCUUGAACACUUUCCUAACCAUCGGCGAUAUCGGAUUGCUCAUGCCGAUUUCAUGUACGUAUGUCAUCUGCUUGUUGUACUUGUCAAUCACAUUCACGCAGGUGUUGUAAUAUUCCAACAGCAGGAAAAACAAACUCUAAGCACACUUAUCGCUGUUUCGUUUUUUUGUUUUGUCAUAAGAAGAUUGACGCCUGGAUGCUCGAGUUUCAACACUUUACUAUUGAGCUUGUUUACAAGAUGCACAUCCCACAUACAUGUUUGUCUCUUCGUAAGUAUUCUGAUUGCUGUGGCAGGAAAUCACCCCCAACUGUCAGAUGAUGCAACCCAAGCGCAGAUGCUAUUGCUCACCCAAUGGUUUUCAGUCAUUUCUCAGCUUCGGAAUUUUGAACUCUAGAAUAAAAAAAUAAAAAGAAGCAGAUUAUACAUUUUUGCGACACUCCAUCUACACCACAACGUUGGGCAGCCUCUUCCGGCUUAAUUGUCGCUACUGUUUUCACUCAGAGGUCCGUAUCCUCCGAAAUAUCUCCUCUAACUAUCUGCUUGAACUUGUCAUGAAAAGCAAUUAGCGAGCCAAAAGCGGCCUGCUUUAAUUCAUCCUAAUCAUGGCGGAUUCUGUGAUAAAGCGUCCAGCUGGGGGUCUAAGUGCUUCUAGGCAGCAUUCACGUGCACAGUGUCCAUGUGAGCAUGCACAAGCACGUCGCUCCUCCAUCGCAUAGCCACAGUAUGAAGAUCUGUUCCUGCAGUAGCAAUUCAAUCUAAAGGUGUUUUAUGCUGUUACAUUAUCCCACUGCUAUAGCGUGCAAUAGAUUUUCAGCCUGUCCCCCCUCCAAUAUGUUAGAAAAGCUCUUCCAAUGUUGUGUAUCUAUAUUGCCGGUGCAACAACAUAAAGACAAGCUAAUAUAUUGCGUUGCCAUUUCCCAUGACCAUAGUGGUCCUCAAGUGGUCCAGUCAAAAGGAAAAAGCAGCCAGCCGGGGCACAAAACCCGACAUUUUUUUAGAUGAUGAAUACUAGGCUUGAAUUCUAAGGUGAAUUCCAGUAUGCUCGUGCCAUUCAUCACUAGAAUUUCCAGAACAUCCAUUCCCGUUAACCUUUUAGACCCUAUUCCUGGGUGGUGAUGGAUGGGCUGCUUAAUAGCGGCUCGCAGCACCCUGUAAUGAGACAGAAAUGAACAUAGGAUAAAGACCAAUGAAUAAAGAGGUUUAUUACCCUCAAAUGCACUAAAAUUUAAUUUUUGCAAAGUCUGCUGCAUAUUACUGUAAAGCUGCAGUUGAUGGAUGAAUCACAGAAUUUAAAAAGUUCAAACCUUGGUGCAACAACGGAGACCGAGCCGUUUUCCUCAUUGACCCAGAGUGAUUAGUGUGUCUUAAUGUGAAAAGACAGUCCUCAACCAUCUAGCUGGAGAUCUGCAGACUCAAAACAAAACUGACACCAACUGUUUAUCAAUCACAGCCUUGGUGCUCCAGAUCUUUUAGGAUUAAUUUUGUUCUGUUUUUAAGCACCUUCUUCCUAAUUAUUUUUGAUGCCAAAUAAUGAAUUAUUCCGUUCAUGCAUCUGAAAAUAAGUUGGCAUUAGACUGAAGUGAGCGUGCUAAGGCUCAGAGGCAUUUACCACCACCACCGAGGCCUUAUAGCUUCUGUUCCAGAUAAGAUUCACAAAGCAUGGCCUUUGGUUUUAUAUAGUGUGAAGAGCCCAGACGGCUUUAAGUGCUUUUGUCUUCACACUGCAAUAGUGUAGCGUUAUGUAGUACCCACAAAUAGUUGUUUUCCUCCUCCAGCCGGCUGGGUGCAUUUGGAGUAAUGGGGUAAGGACGGAGGAAAAUCCAUCUAAGAAUACACUUCACACAAGAUUUCUAGUUUUUUUUUUUUUAUAGAAGUCAAUGUAGAAGAUGAUGCCUGACAGAAGCAUCAAAGCAUAUUGAUCUAAACAACACGGCUACAUGGAUUCAAUUUCCUUCCAUGCUUUUAAAGUCUAUUGCAUUCGUUAAAAAUAAUCUGGGGUGCCACGGCUGCUCAUCUGCUUAAUUAGUCGGCGACCAGCCGCCGCCAUCAACUAGACGUGAAGGUUGGAGUGGAGAGGUUCAACUUUGUUGUCAACGCGAAGCCGAAGACAAGACAUCUCGCUCAACUGGCUUUCCAGAAGAGCUCAGUCGAGAUCCGGGCUGCUCGUGAGCGGAAGGUUAAAGAGAGAUGUGAAGUCAAAUAAGCAAAUGAUAUAUUCAGAGCAGGUGCAGUGGUGCAACACCAUGCAAAGGGUGUUUUAGAUGAUUAGAGACCGUAGUAGGGGAUGCAUCUAUCUGAAUCUGCACUGUAAGCAGGUUGAGACCCUAAACAAUUCGUUUAAACUAUUAAAAAUUGGAAUUACUAAUAAUGACUAAACCUGAUAAGGAUCCACGCAGUGUAUUUGUGUGUACCAUUAAAAAAAAAAAAACACAGGCUGUAUUUAAUGAAACAGUAAAAAGGCAUUUUGAAAAACUGUUUUUGAGCAAAACUACAUCCGAAUUACAUCUGUCCUCCCAAAUGUGCAGCGCUGCAGUUUGGAGGACAGACCGGCAGCGCAGUCCGUCUUUGAUCCUUUUCUGCCAAGAAACCAGAGUCUGAAAUGACCCCCAUCCUUCCUCAAACCAUUCAAACCGCAGGCUUGUACAUGAGCUUUUUAUAAAGUUAUACCAUUCGCUCUCCAUGAGACACCGACUUACUGUAGCUGGAAACAAGAUUUUAUUUGUCCUUUGUUUUUGUUCUUUUCAGCAAAAAAACUGUUACAUAAAGUGUGCCUGACAACCAAGACGGAAUACGAAGAAAAGAAACACUUAUUAUACAAUCAUCUGUAUACGUUUGUGAGACAACACGAGUCUGUUCACGAGGGACAUUUAUAUACACAUUUGGAUUUACGGUUUAAAUGAAGAUUGUAUAACGAUUGUAUACGACCAUAUGCUCGCACAGGUUCACUCUACACUACAAGAAACAAGGAGAAACGUUUUUAAAGUUAAAAAUGAUUGGUGUUCCCCAUGUUGUUCAUAUGUAAAUAUUUUCAAAGGUUAAAUGUGUAUUCUGAAAUCUGAGGUCGAGUAAAAAAAAAAAAAAAAAA